ACUUUCCUCCUCCUCUUCCUCCUCCUUUUCCUCCCUCACCACCCACCUUUCACCUUGACAGAAACAUCACCCACCACCCACCAUGGCUUCGGGCGCUAUUGUUGCGGCCAGCCUGGUGACGACAUACGUCUUUCUGCGCUUCCUGCUCUCAUACACCCAUGACGAAAAGGAACCCCCCGCAGUCGCAACCGAAAUCCCCUUCCUGGGCCCAAUCAUUGGAAUGGGCAAAAAGUCCAAGUUCUACACCGAUCUCCGCGACAAGUACAAUCUUCCCAUCUACACCUUGCGCCUCCCCGGAUCGAGAAUCUACGUCGUCAAUUCAACCAGCCUAAUCCCCGUCGUCCAGCGUCAGGCCCGAAUUCUCGAUUUCGCACCCAUUGAAGCGAGAGCGGCGAUAAACGUCAUGGGAGCGACACCGGAAGGCAGAAAGAUACUGAAGAUGGAUCGCAACGGUGUGGGCGAACAUAGCUACGCUAUAGAGUUUGACAAGGCAAUCCACCCUGCCGUAACCCCCGGUACCAACCUUGAUGCCAUGAACAGGCGUUCGGUUCAGAAGGUCUCCGAGUUCCUUGACACAUUGGCUUCCCAGACUCCCACGACCAUGAUGCUGUACAAGUGGGUUCAAAAGGAAAUUGCCUGGGCCACGACGGAGGCAGUCUUUGGUCCCAAGAACCCUUUCCAGGACCCUGACGUUUUAGAUGCGUUCUGGAAGUUCGAACCGGGUAUUGUAGUCCUGUUGCUUCAACUGUUGCCUUCCAUCCUAGCCAGAGAGAGCAUUCAAGCCCGCGAAAAGCUUGUCGAAGCGUUCAUGAAGUACUACGGCAGUAAAGGACACGAACAAGGUUCAGCACUUGUCCGUGCAAGGUACGAGCACAGUGCCGACUACAAUGUCUCGCUCGAAGACACGGCGCGAUUUGAGCUAGGAGGUGCUGUGGCGAUUCUGACCAACACCAUACCUUCAGCGUUCUGGGUCUUGUGGCACAUCAUCUCAGACGCUGCCGCUCUAAAUGAAUGCAGAGAAGAACUAUACCGUCUUUGCAAAGUCGAAGGAGACAGUGUCUCUAUCGACAUAACUGAGGUUAAAUCUCUCUGCCCAAUCUUACUUUCCACGAUGCAAGAAGUCUUGCGUGUCCACGGCACUGGUACUUCUGUUCGAGUUGUCCAGCAAGACUACCUCCUCGACAACAAGUACCUCCUCAAGAAAGGCAGUACUCUGAUGAUCCCGGGCCCGGUGCAGCACAGCUCAAAGGAAGUCUACGGCGAGAGCGUCAGCGAGUUCAAUCACAAGCGCUUCAUACGCACCGGCACAGGUGAUCGCCGCCUGAACCCGGUUGGAUUCCGCGGAUUCGGCGGUGGCUCCACACUCUGCCCCGGUCGCCACUUCGCAACCACAGAGAUCAUUGCGUUCGUGGCCUUGAUGGUUCUCCGCUUCGACAUCAAGCCGAAGAGCGGCACAUGGGUACGCCCUACCACGGACAAGGCAGGUAUGCAAGCUACUGUGCCGCCACCUGACACGGAUGUUGAGGUUGAGAUCACGCUGCGGGAGAACGAGUUAGCGGGAAAGCAGUGGAACGUGAUUCUGACGGGCUCAGACAAGGCCAUGGAUCUUGUCGCUGAGGAUGCUGGUCAGCAGUAGAGUUGACGGAGCAAGGCGACUGUUAGUAGAGAAGGCACUCCCCGGUGUAUAGGAGAGAAGCUGGGUUGCAAAAGAAGUAGCAGUACAAACUCUUGAUCUGCC